AUGGUCCCAGCCAAAGUUAAAAGUGAAGGUGUUGAUUAUGACAUUCCAAAUGAAGCAGAUGACAUUCAUUUGAUCAAUGAAAGUCAGGCGGAACGUUGUCAUGGUUGCGAAGCUGGUCCGCGCAAUAAAGAAGCAACCAACAUAAACGUUGAAGAUGGUCGAAUCGAGGUGAAACAAGAAAUGGUUGAUGAUGCUCAUGGCGAUGACAUGGUUGAGAAGAGAAGAGCUCCCAAGGCACUAACAAGAGUAGGUUGCAAAGCACAAUUUCGCAUAUGGUACGAUCUAGAGGCUGGUGAAGGAGGAAAGUAUGUUGUGACUCACUUCAUCGCAGACCACAACAACGAAUUGGCGGAACAACACUGUGUGAUGUAUCUGAGGUCACAUCGGGAUUUAAACAGCGUUGAUAAAGCUCAAGUAAUGGCUAUGCGCAACGUCGGUGUGAAGACUAGCCAAAUCAUGGACUAUAUGGUAAAUCAAUCUGGGUGUUAUGAGAAUGUUGGUUUCAUCUGUACGGAUCUGCACAACCACAUUCAAGCCAAACGUAGAGCAGAAGUUGAGGAUGGUGAUGCACAGGGUGCUUUGGAAGAUUCGAAAUCGCGGGCAGAUUACGCAAAGUUUGGGGAUGUGUUGAUAUUUGACUCAACUUACCAUACCCAUGUGUACAAGAAACCUUUUGUCAUGUUGGCUGGUGUGCCUAACCACUUCAUAACCACGAUAUUUGCAUGUGUUUUGCUAGCUAAUGGGACAAUUGAUGUAUAUACAUUGGUUUUGGAAACAUUUAUGGAGGCGAUGGACAAUAGCACCUGUGUUCGUAUUGACAGAUGA